AUGGCAACAAAACAAGAUAGCAUUCAAGCUGCGCCUGCUACUCGCUCUCUUAGCGAUGGCGGCGACGAUUCAGACAAGGAUGUCAAGCUUGGCGUUGUGGAAGUCAACGUCCUGCAAGAGAGGACUAUUGGACUAUUCGGAGCUAUCUCCUUGAUUGUCAAUAAGAUCAUUGGUGCAGGCAUCUUCUCGACUCCCAGCACAAUCUUCAAGCUAUCGGGUAGUGUGGGUAUGGCGAUGAUGUGUUGGGUCAUUGGAGCAAUCAUCUCAACCUGCGGAAUCUUCGUCAUGCUCGAGUUCGGUAGCGCGAUACCCAGAUCGGGUGGUAUCAAGAACUACCUUGAGCGAUCCUUCAGUCCACGGAUUAUGCAGACAUGCAUAUACGUCUUCUACUGCGUAUUCUUGCAGGUUUCCGCAAGUAACGCCAUUACCUUUUCGUCGUACAUCCUUGUUGCAUCAGGUGCCGACUCGACGACGUGGAAACUACGUGGAGUUGCCAUCGCUGGCGCCGUGUUCUCUGUUGGAAUCCACACGGUUGCGCCUCGAAUCGGAAGAGCGAUUCAGGACUUGCUAUCCGCGGUGAAGCUGUUUACACUCCUCUUCAUCGUUUGCUGCGGCUUUGCGGCUUUGUCAGGCCAUCUAAGGGUAGAGAGCCCGCAUAAUUUCACCAAUGCUUUCGAGGGUACUUCCAACAGCGGAUACAACAUCGGAUCGGCUAUCCUCAACGUCAUUUUCUCCUUCCAAGGCUAUGACAAUGUCAACGCUGUCUUGUCCGAAGUCCGCAACCCACAGAAGACUCUGCGAAUUGCCCUCCCCCUCUCAAUGAGCGUCAUUGCAGUGCUCUACUUACUAGCAAACGUCGCAUAUUUUGCCGCCGUGCCCAAAGAGGCCUUCAUUGCGGCAAAGGUUACCGUAGCCGCGACUUUGUUCGAGAACGUCUUUGGGCCCUCGGCAGGAGCUAAAGCUCUUCCAGCCUUGGUGGCUCUGUCGGCACUGGGACAUCUUCUAGGUGUUGCAUUUACCAUUCCUCGCCUGCUACAAGAGCUAGCCAAGGAUGGCGUGCUCCCCUUUUCCAACCUCUUCAUGGAGAACAGGCCGUUCCGCACUCCUAUCUACGCCUUGAUAUUGCACCUUGGAGUGACAAUCCUCUUUAUUUGCGCACCUCCGGCUGGAGAUGCCUUCAACUUCGUUGUCAGCUUGUCUAGCUACCCGACAACGGUCUUGUUGACGGCGAUCACCGUCGGCUUGGUUAAGCUGCGCUUUACCGACCGGGAGAAUUUCCAUUCGCCGCUCCGGGCUCCCUGGAUCCUGAUUGUGAUCUAUCUUGCAGCAAACAUUUUCUUGAUCGUGAUGCCAUUUGUACGACCACCGAAUGGCAAAGGCAGUACUUCGCUGCCCUAUUGGCUUUCUUCAGUUGUUGCGUUGAGCAUCCUGUCCCUCGGCAUCAUCUACUAUGCAUUGCGAUUUGUGAUCGCCCCGAGACUCUUCGGUUAUAGACACCAAGAAAUCCAGCAAGAGCUCAGUGAUGGAUCCAAGGUUACUAGGUUCAAAAGAAUCAAAAGAUGA